AUGUCAGGACGCGGAAAACAGGGAGGCAAAGCUCGCGCCAAGGCCAAGUCGCGCUCGUCCCGCGCCGGCCUGCAGUUCCCGGUGGGCCGGGUGCACCGCCUGCUGCGCAAGGGCAACUACGCCGAGCGGGUGGGGGCCGGCGCGCCUGUGUACCUGGCGGCGGUGCUGGAGUACCUGACGGCCGAGAUCCUGGAGCUGGCGGGGAACGCGGCCCGCGACAACAAGAAGACGCGCAUCAUCCCCCGCCACCUGCAGCUGGCCGUGAGAAAUGACGAGGAGCUCAACAAGUUACUCGGGGGUGUCACCAUUGCCCAGGGCGGCGUCUUGCCCAAUAUCCAAGCGGUCUUGUUGCCCAAGAAAACGGAGAGUCACAAGCCUGGCAAGAGCAAGUAAUUAGGAAGCUUGAGACCAUCCCCGCCAACCCCAAAGGCUCUUUUAAGAGCCACCAAAGUGUCAAACGAGGGGCUGAUCACGAAAUAGCGCAUUAGCUCUUUUUUUGAAAAUCUGGGUGGCUCUAAAAAGAGCCUUUGGUCUUUGGCUUGUUCUGGUUUAUUUGCUUUUGGCUUUGUGGCUUUCGGUUUUCUUUGGUAAGAGAACUGCCUGGAUGUUGGGCAGCACGCCGCCCUGGGCGAUGGUGACUUUGCCCAGCAGCUUGUUCAGUUCCUCGUCGUUGCGGAUGGCCAGCUGCAGGUGGCGGGGGAUGAUGCGCGUCUUCUUGUUGUCGCGGGCCGCGUUCCCCGCCAGCUCCAGGAUCUCGGCCGUCAGGUACUCCAGCACCGCCGCCAUGUACACAGGCGCGCCGGCCCCCACCCGCUCGGCGUAGUUGCCCUUGCGCAGCAGGCGGUGCACCCGGCCCACCGGGAACUGCAGGCCGGCGC